AUGUCUAAAAAUUAUUAUCCCGUAUAUGAACAAUUGGGUAAUUCCAGCCAAGAAGAAGUCUUUCUCGCCUAUAAUCCGUUUUAUCAAUUAGAAGAACAAGAAGAAUUUGAAGAAGAAAAAUAUUUAUACAGCGGAGAAGAUUUGAUAGGAUUUUCAGAUGGCCCUCGAAUAUCCGAAUAUAUUUAUGAGGAAAAUAAUAGCAGUGAAGAAGAAUUAAAUGAAAUUAGCUGAGAAAGGCAAGAAAUAAGGGAUGUGGAAAGAGAGGAAAAUAUUGGAGAAUGAUGGAUUUCUUCAGAUCCAAUCAUUAUUGAUGGAAUGUAUGCUCAGGAAACUAAUAGAGAGCAAAUUAUGGAUAUUUUAAGUGGAGUAGUCCCUGCAAAAGGGCUAUCUGAAGAAGCACGAGCAAGAAUCACAGAAUUUUUGUAUAAUGAUGAAAUUAGUGACGAGAAUUGUGUAAUUUGCUGUGAAAAAUUCGAAGAAAAAAAUGUCCUAUUAAAAUUACCAUGCAGUCAUAUUUUUCAUAAAGACUGUUUUUUGGAGUAUGCUGAAAGGAGUGAUAAUUGUCCUUUGGACCGAAAAAAAAUUUAA